UCCCAGUAACAUCCCUCCUUCCUUCACAACGGCUCUCACUUGCAGUCUUUCAGAGCACUCUCAAAUCCUAAGAGAUCCGAUUACAUAUCAUCAUGGCUCCAGCUGCAGCAACAAAUGGUUCAGAUUCGAUAAAACCUAGAGAUGUCUGUAUUGUUGGUGUUGCACGCACACCACUCGGUGGGUUUCUUGGUUCCCUUUCAUCCUUACCAGCCACCAAACUUGGAUCCAUAGCAAUUGAAAGUGCUCUAAAGAGGGCAAAUGUUGAUCCAUCACUUGUACAAGAAGUAUAUUUCGGAAAUGUUCUUGGUGCAAAUUUGGGGCAGGGUCCUGCCAGGCAAGCAGCAUUAGGCGCAGGAAUUCCUAAUACAGUGGUCAGCACCUCUGUUAACAAAGUUUGUGCAUCAGGGAUGAAAGCAACCAUGUUGGCAGCACAGAGCAUCCAGUUGGGCAUAAAUGACAUAGUUGUGGCUGGUGGUAUGGAAAGCAUGUCUAAUGUCCCCAAAUACAUUUCCGAAGCAAGGAAAGGAUCUAAAUUUGGACACGACACUCUUGUUGAUGGAAUGCUGAAAGACGGGUUGUGGGAUGUUUUCAAUGAUUUUAAGAUGGGAAACUGUGCUGAAAUUUGCGCUGAUAUGCAUGGAUUUACAAGAGAGCAACAGGAUGACUAUGCUAUCCAAAGUUUUGAGCGUGGUAUUGCUGCCCGAGAUAGUGGUGCCUUUGCAUGGGAAAUCACGCCUGUUGAAGUUCCUGGCCCAAGAGGAAGACCAUCAACAAUUGUCGACAACGAUGACGAUUUGGGAAAGUUUGAUCCUGCUAAAUUGAGGAAGCUUCGACCAGCUUUCAAGGAGAAUGGUGGUAGUGUCACUGCUGGCAAUUCCUCUGGUAUCAAUGAUGGUGCUGCUGCACUUGUGUUGGUUAGUGGGGAGAAGGCCAUUGAGCUUGGGUUGCAUGUGAUUGCUAAGGUUGCAGGAUAUGCUGAUGCCGAACAGGCACCUGAGUUGUUUACAACUUCUCCAGCCCUUGCUAUACCCAAGGCUAUUUCAAGAGCUGGAUUGGAGGCUUCUCAAAUAGAUUUCUAUGAAAUUAAUGAAGCAUUUGCAGUUGUCGCUCUUGCAAACCAAAAACUGCUUGACUUGGACCCCGCAAAACUUAAUGUACAUGGUGGCGGUGUGUCACUGGGACAUCCUCUAGGUUGCAGUGGUGCCCGUAUAUUGGUCACGCUACUAGGGGUUUUGAAGCAGAAAGGCGGCAAAUAUGGAGCAGCAGGUGUGUGCAAUGGAGGAGGAGGUGCAUCAGCCUUUGUCGUAGAGCUUGUUUAAUCUUAAACGCUUGCUUAACCACACCAAAAUCUCAUGCUUGUGUUUUGUUUCUUUCUUUUGUUUUGGUUAUCAAUUUUUCUCCCUUUGUUUUGGUUAGCAAUAAAUUAAGUUAUUGUGUACUUAGAUAAAUAAGCAUAUGUUUUGCCAGUUGCUUAUCAAUCGUGCACUCCACUUUUGCUA